CUGCAGAUGAUAGGCUGAGUUCAGCAGCAUGGAUCAGUGUGAGGACAGAGGAACCACUCUGUGUGGGGAACAGGACAACCAGACCAAAGCUCAGAGCCCAGAGCAGCAGCUCACACCUGACUCUGCUGGACCUGGACCUGGACCUGGACCUGGACCUGACCCUGGACCUGAAUCCAGCUGUGUGUCCCUGAAGAGUGAUCGGUCUAAGGUUUUAUCUAUUGAAUUCAAAGAUGGACGUCACUCUGGUGAUCCAAGAGUGGACCAGGAGAUCUCAGAAGUUCCCAGUGGUCAGUCUACCCAGCAGCAUCAAACACACCUUGACUCCAUAUUUAUGCUGCUGGAGGAUGAAAUUGUCACAUUUGUGAAGAACGAGCUGAAGAAGAUCCAGAAGGUUCUGAGUCCAGAUUACCCAGAAUGCUCAGAGAGUCAGAGGGAGGGUGAGGGGGUGUUGGAUGGUGAGGAUGAAGAUAAGAGGAGGAGCAGCAGAGAGGCAUUUCUAAAGAUCACACUGCACUUCCUGAGGAGAAUGAAUCAAGAGGAGCUGGCUAACCAUCUGCAGAGCAGAAGUCGUGCUGCGGGUGGUAAGCGUAAACUGAAAACUAACCUAAACAAGAAGUUCCAGUGUGUGUUUGAGGGGAUUGCUAAAGCAGGAAACCCAACACUUCUGAAUCAGAUGUUCACAGAGAUCUACAUCAUGGAGGGAGGGACUGCAGAGGUCAAUGAUGAACACGAGGUCAGACAGAUUGAAACAGCAUCCAGGAAACCAGACAGACCAGAAACACAGAAACUCAGACAAGAAGAUAUCUUUAAACCCCCCCCUGGAAGAGAUGAACCAAUCAGAACAGUGAUGACAAAGGGAGUGGCUGGCAUUGGGAAAACAGUCUUAACACAGAAGUUCACUCUGGACUGGGCUGAGGGCAAAGCCAACCAGGACAUCCAGUUCACAUUUCCAUUCACCUUCAGAGAGCUGAAUGUGCUGAAAGAUAAAAAGUUCAGCUUGGUGGAACUUGUUCAUCACUUCUUUAGUGAAACCAAAGAAGCAGGAAUCUGCAGGUUUGAAGAGUUCCCGGUUGUGUUCAUCUUUGAUGGUCUGGAUGAAUGUCGACCUCCUCUGGACUUCCACAACACUGAGAUCCUGACUGAUGUCACAAAGUCUACCUCAGUGGAUGUGCUGCUGACAAACCUCAUCAGGGGGAAACUGCUUCCCUCUGCUCGCCUCUGGAUAACCACACGACCUGCAGCAGCCAAUCAGAUCCCUCCUGAUUGUGUUGACAUGGUGACAGAGGUCAGAGGGUUCACUGACCCACAGAAGGAGGAGUACUUCAGGAAGAGAUUCAGAGACGUGGAGCCGGCCAGCAGAAUCAUCUCCCACAUCAAGACAUCAAGAAGCCUCCACAUCAUGUGCCACAUCCCAGUCUUCUGCUGGAUCACUGCUACAGUUCUGGAGGAUGUGUUGAAGACCAGAGGGGGAGGAGAGCUGCCCAAGACCCUGACUGAGAUGUACAUCCACUUCUUGGUGGUUCAGUCCAAAGUGAAGAAAUUCAAGUAUGAUGGAGGAGCUGAGACAGAUCCACAUUGGAGUCCAGAGAGCAGCAAGAUGAUGGAGUCUCUGGGAAAACUAGCUUUUGAGCAGCUGCAGAAAGGCAACCUGAUCUUCUAUGAAUCAGACCUGACAGAGUGUGGCAUCGAUAUCACAGCAGCCUCGGUGUACUCAGGAGUGUUCACACAGAUCUUUAAAGAGGAGAGAGGACUGUACCAGGACAAGGUGUUCAGCUUUAUCCAUCUGAGUGUUCAGGAGUUUCUUGCUGCUCUUCAUGUCCAUCUGACAUUCACCAACUCUGGAGUCAACCUGCUGUCAGAAGAACAAAGAUCAUCAUGGCUGCCUAAGGUCUUUAGAGAAAAACUAAAACAUCUCCACCAGAGUGCUGUGGACAAGGCCUUACAGAGUCCAAAUGGACACCUGGACUUGUUCCUCCGCUUCUUCCUGGGUCUUUCUCUUCAGACGAAUCAGACUCUCCUACGAAGCCUGCUGACACAGACAGGAAGUAGCUCAGAGAACAAUGAGGAAACAGUCGAGUACAUUAAGAAGAAGAUCAACGGGGAUCUGUCUGCUGAGAGAAGCAUAAAUCUUUUCCACUGUCUGAAUGAAUUGAAUGAUAGUUCUCUAGUGGAGCAGAUCCAACAAGUCCUGAGAUCAGGACGUCUCUCCACAGUUAAACUGUCUCCUGCUCACUGGUCAGCUCUGGUCUUCAUCUUACUGUCAUCAGAAGAAGAUUUGGACGUGUUUGACCUGAAGAAAUACUCUGGUUCAGAGGAGACUCUUCUGAGGCUGCUGCCAGUGGUCAAAGCCUCCAAAAAGGCUUUAUUGAGUGUUGGUAACCUGUCAGAGAGAAGCUGUGAAGUUCUGUCCUCAGUUCUUAGCACUGAGUCCGCUAGUCUGAGAGAGCUGGACCUGAGUAACAACAACCUGAAGGAUUCAGGAGGGAAGCUUCUGUCGGCUGGACUUCAGAGUCCAUACUGUAAACUAGAGAUUCUGAGUCUGUCAGGCUGUCUGAUCUCAGAGGACGGCUGUACUUUUCUGGUCACAGCUCUGAGCUCCAACCCCUCCCAUCUAAGAGCGCUGGACCUGAGCUACAAUCAUCCAGGAGACUCAGGAGUGAAGCUGCUGUCGGCUGGACUUAAGGAUCCACUCUGGAGACUGGACACUCUCAGGGUGGAGCCUGCUGGAGUCAGAUGGUUGACACCAAGGUUUGACUGCUCUCAGCUGCUGUGUAGAGAUGGUCUGACUGGUCGCUGUUACUGGGAGGUAGAGACGAGAGGAGAGGUUGAUAUAUCAGUGAGUUACAGAGGAAUCAGGAGGAGAGGAGACAUGGAUGACUGUUGGUUUGGACAUAAUGAUCAGUCCUGGAGUCUGAACUGCUCUUAUAAGGGUUACUCUGUCUGUCACAAUAACAGAGUAACAGUCCUCCGUCUCUCCUCCUCCUCUGUCCCUGAUAGACUAGCAGUAUAUGUGGACUGUCCUGCUGGCUCUCUGUCCUUCUACAGAGUCUCCUCUGACUCACUGAUCCACCUCCACACCUUCAACACCACAUUCACUCAGACUCUUUAUCCUGGGUUUGGGUUGUGGUCAAAUGGUUCCUCAGUGUCUCUGUGUCCUGUGGAGGAAAGAGAGUCUCCUCCUGUGAACAGAGAACCAGACUGUUGAGUCUGACCAGGAUCAUCAGCUGAUGUUAGUGAGGAGAAUGUGGAUAUCACCAAUAAUUUCCUGAAUGGAUUAGAUUCUGCCCCAAACAGCUAAAUGACAUGUAAUGCUCUUCAUCAUCGUCUCCAAAAGCUGCAUUCAGCAACUACCUUGCUGCUUAUCUGACAGUUUUAGUUCCUUCACACAUUCAGAUUAUUAAAACUAAAUACAAUCAGAUAAUACAUAAUGAUGUAUUAAUACAAAUUACUAGCUGCAACAUUAAAGUCAUCAGUCAUUAGAAACCAGUAAAAUUAUACUAAUUAUUCUGUAGAAUCACCACUUUUACUUUUAGUACUU